UAUUCCCCCCUGACCAUGUACAUCUGUUCAUCAGUAACCCCAAACUGCGGUGCCAACGACAAAACGGACGCCUCGGUCACCAUCGUCACCGAUCUGAAUGCCAAGGCCAAGGCCGUAUGUCUGGGAAACAAGGAAGUGGCCUUCACCUCCACAGACGGGGUCAACUUCGUCCUGCCCUUCUCCUACCCAGGUCGAGGCUCCAAACCCUGCUCAUUUACUAAACGUACCAAGUCCCGGGUGUACACGGUGAAGGUGAUCGUGUCGUAUGGCGAGCCCGGCAGCCUGGUUCACCAGUACACGGAGGAGUACACCGUCACCUGCACAUUCAGCCCCAAGGGCUUCGACACAAGCAAGAACCAGAAAAUAGCCGACACCCUGAUCGCGGCCAAGGAGAUCCAGACCAACGUGGGGGGCACCAGCAGAUCCACCAUUCACCUCAAGAUGGUGGACGUCCUCGGACACAACCUCAACGGCAGGACCGUGGACCUCGGCAGGACGGUGCAACUAAAGGCCGUCAAUACAGGCUCAGAGGCAGGCAUCCGGCCCAUCUCCUGUGACGCCAUAGACGGAUCCUCGGCACGAUACUCCAUCCUCCGAGCAGGUUGUGGUGAUGGUAUUGUCUUCCCCAAAAACGUCGGCUUCACCACCAUCGGGAAGAAAACCCAGAGUCCCUAUUUUGAAGCCUUUACUGUCAACGUGAACUCCGCCUUGAAGUUUGAGUGUAACUUCACCAUGUGUGCAUCCAGGUGUGACGGGAAUUCCUGCACCAACGCUCCUACCAUCAAGAAAAGAGACGUAUCCGGGAUGUCCAACCAAGGCUAUGCUAUGGUAGCUACUGAAUCCGUCGCCAUAAUCAACACGGCCCCGGGCGAGGCGGGAGUGGGGGACGUUCAUGUCGACAGGUCGCAGCAGUAACAUGUAUUGCCAUGGUUACGGGUUUUAAUAAAAUUCCAUCUGUC